GGAGGCGUUGCGGAAAACCCAGACGCUUUGCGGCGUGGAGUGGGAGGGAGACCAGCAGGGAGGACAGACAGGCCGAGCCUCGCUUUGCACACCGAAAUGGCUCGCAGGCAGGACGAACAGAGAGGGGGUACGCCCUUGCUGGCCGAAAGCAAGCCAGACGCCGAGGUUAAGCUCAUUCUGUACCACUGGACGCAUUCCUUCAGCUCUCAAAAGGUGCGCUUGGUAAUUGCUGAAAAGGCAUUGAAGUGCGAGGAACAUGAUGUAAGUCUGCCCCUGAGUGAGCACAAUGAGCCUUGGUUUAUGCGUUUGAACUCAACUGGAGAAGUGCCUGUCCUUAUCCACGGGGAAAACAUAAUUUGUGAGGCCACUCAGAUCAUUGAUUAUCUUGAACAGACUUUCCUGGAUGAAAGAACACCCCGAUUAAUGCCUGAUAAGGGAAGCAUGUAUUACCCAAGGGUUCAACAUUACCGUGAGCUGCUUGACUCUUUGCCAAUGGAUGCCUACACUCAUGGCUGCAUUUUGCAUCCGGAGCUAACUGUGGACUCCAUGAUCCCAGCUUAUGCAACCACGAGGAUUCGCAGCCAAAUUGGCAACACAGAGUCUGAGCUGAAGAAGCUUGCUGAAGAAAAUCCAGAUUUACAAGAGGCAUACAUUGCGAAACAGAAGCGACUUAAAUCAAAGCUGCUUGAUCAUGACAAUGUCAAAUAUUUGAAGAAAAUCCUUGAUGAGUUGGAGAAGGUCUUAGAUCAAGUUGAGACUGAGUUGCAAAGAAGAAAUGAGGAAACACCAGAAGAGGGCCAUCAGCCCUGGCUCUGUGGAGAAGCCUUCACCCUGGCAGAUGUCUCGCUUGCUGUCACAUUGCAUCGACUGAAAUUCCUGGGGUUUGCCAGGAGAAAUUGGGGAAACGGAAAGCGACCCAACUUGGAGACCUAUUACGAGCGUGUGUUGAAGAGAAAGACAUUUAACAAGGUUCUAGGACAUGUUAACAACAUACUGAUCUCUGCAGUGCUGCCCACAGCAUUCCGGGUGGCCAAGAAGAGGGCACCGAAAGUCCUUGGCACCACCCUUGUGGUUGGUUUGCUUGCAGGAAUGGGAUAUUUUGCAUUUAUGCUUUUCAGAAGGAGACUUGGCAGCAUGAUGUUCGUAUUUAGACCCAGACCAGGUUAUUUCUAGGCUUCCUGGCUGCUGGUGGUAGCCCAUCCAGCCAUUCAGCUAGACACUGUGUACUCUUCUAGCCUUAGUGAAGAGUUAUCCUGGGCAAUGCAUAAACAAGCAAACAAAAAAACCACACCACAUUUUCUUUACUCUCUUGGUAGUUCAUGUGGGAAGGAAAGAUUCUGAAAAUAUUCUUGUGGGUUGGAAAUCACUUCUUUGCAAACCUGAGCUCAUCAACUCUUAAACAAUACAUGUAAGGCUAACGUGCAUACGUACUGAC